CCAUCGCGCACCACUCCCGCAGCGCCCACAUUUCCGUUUCCCUCCAAUACACCUCCCUAAAAUUCUCCCAAAUGCCUCUUCCAAAACGGCCCGUCCUCCCAAGCAAAUCCCAAUCACAACCACAAUCGCAAUCCGCCGCCAAGAAGAAAAGUUCCAUCGAAGAUGCGCGCUUCGCGAACUUCAAGACCGAUCCCAAGUUCCGGCUUCCCUCGAAGAAGCGCUCCAAGACGCAGCUGGACGAGCGGUUCUCGAGACUCCUGACUGAUCCGGACUUUCAUACGAGGGCGAGCGUGGAUCGGUACGGGAGGAAGAUUGGGAAGGGGAGGGGGAAGGAGGAGUUGAGGCGGAUGUAUGAGGUUGAGAAUGUUGAGGGUGAGGAGUCGAAUGAAGAAGGGGAUGAGGAUGAGGAGGAGGGGUUGAAUUUGGAGACUGAGAGCGCGAAGAAGAUGGAUAGAGCUGUGGAGAGGGAGAUGAAGAAGGUGGCUAUAAGAGGUCAGAAAGGGAGGGAUAUCAUUCGCGAGGGCGCCGAGUCGUCUUCGUCGGACGAGAGCUCGAGCGAUGAAGAGGAAGAGGUGGAAGAGGAGGUCGAGGAGCGGACCGAGUUGGCGCAGCCCGGCGCAGAGGUUCCGAUGGGAGAGGUCACGACGCGUCUAGCUGCGGUUAACAUGGAUUGGGAUAACAUAAGAGCGUCGGAUAUCAUGGCGGUGGCGAACUCGUUUGUGCCUGCUGGCGGACGCAUACUCAGCGUGGUCAUCUACCCGAGUGAGUUUGGCAUGGAGAGGCUGCAGAGGGAGGAGAUUGAAGGGCCGCCGAGAGAAAUCUUUGCGGCGUCCUCAGCCAAGAAUAAGAAUAAUAUUACUUCCUUGGAUGCGGAUGGCGCAGAGGAUGAAAAGGAUGCAAACAGCGAUUUGGAGAACGGGGAGGAGUUUGACUCGAAGGCUCUGCGCGCAUACCAGCUUGACCGCCUACGGUACUACUACGCUGUUAUCACCUGCUCCUCUCUGGAGACCGCCAAGUCCAUCUACGAUAACAUGGAUGGCAGAGAGUACCUGUCAAGCGCCAACUUCUUCGACUUGCGAUUCGUCCCUGACGGUACGACGUUCGACGAAGAUCCCCACGAUGAGUGCGAAGCGUUGCCAGAUGGGUACAAACCGAACGAAUUCCGGACGGACGCUCUUACGCAUUCAAAGGUCAAACUGACGUGGGAUGCGGAAGACACUACUAGAAAAGAAGUGCAGAAGCGCGCCUUCUCGAGAAAGGAAAUAGACGAGAACGAAUUGCAGGCCUACAUUGGAUCAGAGUCAGAGUCAGAGGAGGAACAAGCGAAUCCCGAGAAGGUCGCCGCUAUGAGAGCCGCACUUGGCUUGGACUCAUCCGAAGGUACCAAGAAGUCACGGUCUGAUAAACGAGAUCGCGAUUUCCAGAAGCCGGAGGGUGAUUUGGAGAUUACAUUCUCGGCGGGUCUGUCGUCGAAUGCACCUAAGGGACCCGUGAUUGAGAUAGAGGAGACGACGAUAGAGAAGUAUGUGCGGAAGCAGAGGGAACGAAAACAAAGGCGCAAGGAGAGAGCGAAGGCAUUGGCAGAAGGCAGAGAUCCUGAUGCCAAACCGGAACAGGAGCCUCAGAAGACAGUGGCGGAUGAGGACGACCCUUGGAACGAUCCUUUCUUCGCCGAUGGGCCCAAUAGCGCCAAGGAGGCUAAAGAAUUGAAGAAGGCUAAGAAGGCUAAGAAACGGGAAGAGCAAGAGAAGGAAGAGAAGGACAAGGCGGCUCAGCGUGCAAACCUAGAGCUACUCAUGAUGGGCGACGAGGACGAAGAGAUGCGCCACUUCGACAUCAACGAAAUCAUGAAAGCAGAAAAGGCGAAGAAGAAGAAGGGAAAGAAGAAGACGAAGGGGGAGGCCGCCCCCGUAGAAGACAACUUCAAGGUCGAUACCCAAGAUCCGCGUUUUGCAGAGCUGUAUGAGAAUCCUGACUUUGCUAUUGAUCCUACACAUCCGAGAUUCAAGGCCACGCCUGGUAUGAAUGCGUUGUUGGAAGAGGCCAGGAAGAAGAGGAAACACGAUAGGGAUGAUGAACCGCAGAGAGAGGAGCAGAAGAAGCGGAAGGUUACGGAUCAGGAGCCGGGAGGCACGGAGGACUUGAAGAAGUUGGCGGCGAGGGUUAAGGCGAAGAGCAAGUUGGGUUGAUUGUCGAUUAUACCAUGUUGGUUGCAUAUGGCGGCACUUUUUGGAAAUGAUAUCCUGCGUUUCGAUGAAAGACUUCUCCUGAGUGAACUUGAAGCUAUCCUUGUUCACGAUGUGGACUGUUCUGUUCGCUGUACUCUGGCUCGAAGACCUGUCCGAGUAUGUCAUUGUUCACUCAUAUUAAAUGCCCAUAUUGGGCCGCGCACAAUCUGUAUCAAAGACCAGUCCUUCAGAACACUUCACUGUUCCCUGGUCACCAGC